AUGGUGGUCGCCACCAACGAGAGCACGCAGCUGCCGCAGGAAUGGGAAUGGACGGGUGCCAAGCACCGGAAGUACACCGCAGAGGAGAUCGAACUCUGGCGCGCCAGGGCACGCAAGCGAGCGGCGGCUGAAGAGCAUCGGCCGGAGGUGUGCAAGUUGGAGCGGUGGCCACACCAGGCUCGGUGUUUAGAGGCGUGCCGGGGCUUUCUUGCAAAUCGGUCCACAGCAAAGCGCGACUUCUUUGUUCGGAUGGCCACUGGCACUGGCAAGAGCUUGGUGAUGGCCGACCUCUUGGCAGGGCUCGGGGCACAAAGUCAAGCAUGUAUUAUAGUACCAAAGCUGGACUUGAUGGAGCAGAUGGCACGGUUGCUAGAGGGAACACUCCCAGAUCGCAAAGUGAGCCGAGUUGGCACCGGCUGGCCUGCCGAUUUGACCGCGGAAGUCUUUGUUUGCGUGAGGAAUUCAGCAUGGCAGCUCGAACACCUCAAUUUUGACGUGGUGCUGUUGGAUGAGGCCCAUCACUAUGAGCCUCCGUUGCCUCUUUGUCAGUUGCCGAAGCGUGAUGAACAUUUUGCGGAGGACAAUCUUACAGAAGGCGAUCUUUUGGGUGUUCACGCCAAGCAAGUCUUGGCACUGAAUGCCAGCAAGAGAGUGUUUUUUUCUGCCACCCUUAUCCAAAAUGAGCCGGAUUUCGACUUUGACUUGAGGCCGGCUAUUGAGGCCGGAGUCAUCAUGGACUACACCGUCCUGGUGCCUGUGCUGUCGGAGGGGGACCCCAGGCCAGCUUUGGUGGAAGCCAUUCACAACCUGCCGCUCGCGCGCAAGAUCCUGGCCUUCUGCAACACCGUCCAUGAGGCCAAGUCCUUCACUGACAUGUUGAACGAUGCCGGGAUUGCUGCAAACCAUUAUAACGGCCAGACUUCAGCCAAACAACGGCAGGACAUUCUGAGCAGCUUCGCCCAGAGCGAGGCUCGCGGCGGCAUCCGCGUGCUGGUGACGGUGGACGUGCUCAGUGAGGGCGUGGACCUUCCAGUGGCGGACACCUGUCUCUUCGUUGCGCCCAGGCAAGGCGUGCGCCUGCGGCAGUGCGUGGGCAGAGUGCUUCGAAGACAUCCUGGGAAGGUUGAUGCCCAGGUGAUUGCUCCGCCCAUCGUGCAGAAAAACGACAGCUCCUUGGAGGAAGAGGCAGGGCUGAGGCGGUUGCUGAGAGAGCUGGCCAUGGCUGAUCCUCUCUUCCAGGCGUCGCUCACCGCCAGCAUCGGGCAGAAGGGACGUAGAGUCGGCAUUCUGGCUGGGGCUAUGAAGGAGAACGGUCUCAAAGAAUCACUUGCGACAAAACCAGCCCGCGUCCUGGGCAUGCGCGUAUUUCCAAAUGUGCUGGCAGCGUGCAAUGCUUCACUGGCCUGGAUUGCGCCGCUUCGAAGGCUCGAAGCCUACAAAGCAGUGCAUGGCCAUCUUGCAGUUCCAUUUAGCUAUCGUACCCGUGAUGGUUUCAAGCUUGGGCAGUGGGUCAGCACGAAGCGAAAAGCCAGGUCCAACGGCAAGCUGAGCGCGGAGCAGAUUGAGAGCCUGGACACGCUUGGGUUUGUUUGGGAUCCUUUGGGGGAGCUAUGGCAGCAAGGCGUGACGCAAUUGCAGGCGUACAGAGCAGAGCACGGAGACGUGCUGGUGCCCAAAUCGUAUGCAACAGAAGAUGGUUUCAAUCUUGGCCAGUGGGUCAGCCACAAGCGCCAUGCCAGGUCUCAGGGCAAACUCAGCGCAGAGCAAAUUGAAAGCCUGGACGAUCUUGGGUUUGUUUGGGAUCCGUGGGGGGAGCGGUGGCAGCAACGCUUGACGCAAUUGCAGGCGUACAGAGCAGAGCAUGGAGACGUGCUGGUUCCCUUGUCGUAUGCUGCUGCUGAUGGUUUCAAGCUUGGGUGGUGGACCACUCAAAAGCGCUAUGCCAGGUCUAAGGGCAAACUGAGCGCAGAACAGAUUGAGAGCCUAGACGCUCUCGGGUUUGUUUGGGAUCCGUUGGGGGACCUGUGGCAGCAAGGCGUGACGCAAUUGCAGGCGUACAGAGCAGAGCAUGGAGACGUGCCGGUGCCACAAUCGCAUGCAGCUGCUGAUGGUUUCAAGCUUGGGCAGUGGGUCAGCACGAAGCGCCAUGCCAGGUCUCAGGGCAAACUCAGCGCAGAGCAAAUUGAAAGCCUGGACGCUCUUGGGUUUGUUUGGGAUCCUUUGGGGGAGCUAUGGCAGCAAGGCGUGACGCAAUUGCAGGCGUACAGAGCAGAGCACGGAGACGUGCUGGUGCCCAAAUCGUAUGCAACAGAAGAUGGUUUCAAUCUUGGCCAGUGGGUCAGCCACAAGCGCCAUGCCAGGUCUCAGGGCAAACUCAGCGCAGAGCAAAUUGAAAGCCUGGACGAUCUUGGGUUUGUUUGGGAUCCGUGGGGGGAGCGGUGGCAGCAACGCUUGACGCAAUUGCAGGCGUACAGAGCAGAGCAUGGAGACGUGCUGGUUCCCUUUUCGUAUGCUGCCGCUGAUGGUUUCAAGCUUGGGCGGUGGACCGCUCAAAAGCGCUAUGCCAGGUCUAAGGGCAAACUGAGCGCAGAACAGAUUGAGAGCCUAGACGCUCUCGGGUUUGUUUGGGAUCCGUUGGGGGACCUGUGGCAGCAAGGCGUGACGCAAUUGCAGGCGUACAGAGCAGAGCAUGGAGACGGGCCGGUGCCACAAUCGCAUGCAGCUGCUGAUGGUUUCAAGCUUGGGCAGUGGGUCAGCACGAAGCGCCAUGCCAGGUCUCAGGGCAAACUCAGCGCAGAGCAAAUUGAAAGCCUGGACGCUCUUGGGUUUGUUUGGGAUCCUUUGGGGGAGCUAUGGCAGCAAGGCGUGACGCAAUUGCAGGCGUACAGAGCAGAGCACGGAGACGUGCUGGUGCCCAAAUCGUAUGCAACAGAAGAUGGUUUCAAGCUUGGGCGGUGGACCGCUCAAAAGCGCUAUGCCAGGUCUAAGGGCAAACUGAGCGCGGAGCAGAUUGAGGACCUGGACGCUCUCGGGUUUGUUUGGGAUCCUUUGGGGAAGCUGUGGCAACAAGGCGUGACGCAAUUGCAGGCGUACAGAGCAGAGCAUGGAGACGUGCUGGUUCCCUUUUCGCAUGCUGCUGCUGAUGGUUUCAAUCUUGGGCAGUGGGUCAAGACGCAGCGAAAAGCCAGGUCCAACGGCAAGCUGAGCGCAGAGCAGAUUGAAAGCCUGGACACGCUUGGGUUUGUUUGGGAUCCGUUGGGGGAGCUGUGGCAGCAAGGCGUGACGUAA